AUGUACAUGGAACCAUCCAGAGUCUCACGUGGAGGAGUAGCCCCUGACUGCAGUCCGCAGAUCGGGGCGGAGCUCAACGUGGGCGGAGUCAAACGUUUGACUCCGCCCACGUUGAGCUCCGCCGAGCGGGAGCUAGGCAUUGAGGACUGUGCGUAUGACAGAGAAGGAGAAGAAGCAGAGGAGAAGAAGAGCGAAGUAGCUGGCAGGGCAGUGGAAAUGCUGCGCAUGUGUGAUGGCCUGGAUGAAGAGUAUAAAGAAGACCUCAGUGAACCGUUCAUGUUCAUGUUUAGUUUGCAGGCAGACUAUGAGGAGUUCUGCAAGGAAAUGAUGGACAAAAGGCAGCUGCAGGUGUUUUCCGGCUUUGAAAUGAGAUAA